AUGAUGAUGAUGAUGACUAUACCGCUGCUUGUUUCGUUGCCUCUAGCAACGCAUGGGAUGCAGCAGAGGGCAAAAUGUCCACUGAAUCUUAUCAAGGAUAGAAAUUUGGCUGUAAAUUAUUACCAGGAAGGAGACCACCUCAUUAGUGGAAUUAUAUCUUCAAGAUUAAUUGGAAGUCAACCUCCCUUCAGCUUUUCCAGCACCCCAGUAAGCGAUUUUCAGAAGUAAGUAAUGGUGUAUAGCCAUAUUCCUUCUUCCUAAAUACUCUCCACUUCUCUUGCCAUACUGAUAAAUCACUAUAUUUGUUGUUUGAAGAUUAAGGGAGCAUCUCACCCACAGGAAUUAAAUACAAGUAGAACAUCUGAGUAGGAGUAUUGCUGGCAUCCGUCUGUCUGUCAACAAACACCACCUUUGUUCUUAAACCUGUGAGAUGAAACUGACUGAAGCUAGGAUGAAUUCUUCCUGGCAGUCUAAACAAUAAUGCCAUUGGAUGGAGACCUGUUAUUUGUUUCAUUGGUUUAUUAAAAGUUUUCUGUACAUCACUUUACUUGGUGAAAAGCAGUGUUUCAAUGUGCUUUACACUAUAAGUAUUAAAAAAAAAAGUCAUGCUCUCUAAAGUAAACUUAUUUUCUAUAAGCUAAAAAAGGUGUGUUAAUGUUGCAGAUUUUCUGUAGUUAUCUCAUUGUCUCUCAUGAAACAUUGUGGAAGCCUGAAUGCUCAGGCCACGUCACUUUGCAUGAAUAAUGGGAAGGCUCCUACUCUCAAUCUGCAAUAAUCUUCUAGACUUUUAUCCACAGAAUUACUGUCCUAGGUUUGACUCACUACCAGUUUUUGUGAGAUAUAUAAUUCCUAGAGUGAUCUUUUGAUACACUGACAGCUAGUAGCCACAGAACUGGUCAGAUGGCUAAGGAGGUUACCAGGACAUGGGCCUCCAUCCUCCUCUUUUGCAAAGAUACUACAGAUGCUAUUACUGCUACAGUAAUAGCAUCCCCAAAUCAGCCCCACAUUGCCCUACUUACUGGUCUUCUUUCAAGUUUGCCUUAAUUUAUUUAUACAAACAACUUUGUGACUCAUUUUCACUGAAUGGUGGGUGACUAUGUGACACACGUUUCUGUAGUUUGAUGAAUGGGAGGAACUGGCACGUUCUUUCCUUCUCACUUACUGUUCAGGAGAUCAAUCGUAACCCCAGGCUCUUACCCAACAUCACCCUGGGCUACAGCAUCUAUGAUACCUAUUUUGAUGGAAGAAUAACUACUGAUGCUUUGACAGACCUGCUUGCUGGUGGGAAAAUCAAUCUUCCAAACUACAGCUGCAGAAGACGGGGAAACCUUCUAGCUAUUAUUGA